AUGGAACCAGGCAUUGAGCUCUUGGUCCUUGAAGACAAAGACCACUCCUUUGAGGAAGGUGCCAGCCAGCAGCCAGAAGCCUGCCUCUGGCUCUCGGAGCCUGAACAGUGGGCGAGCGCCCUUCGACAGCAGCUGAAUGUACAACUCCUCUUGGCCACAGAGAAGAGGCCAGACUUGUCUUCUGAAGGCCCAUUGUUUCUUGCCCCUGAGUCUCUGCACUCCAAAAGUAGCCAGAAUAAACUGGCGCCACCCUGGGCUAGUCAGAGAAGACAGAGGCAGUUCCUGAGAACAGUGAGUCAGUUAGAGCAGCCCACAGCGCUGGACCUCCUGGUACAGGAGCUCCAAACUCUAAUCUUGGCCGUGCUACAGGAUCGCCGUCCUGAAGCAUGGCAUUACCUCCAUGCUGUGCUGGGUUUGCUACCUCCAUAUCGAACACUGCUAACCAACCGCCUGGAUGUGCUGCCCUUUCUGGAGCAGUUAUACCUCUGGGCUCCGUGGGUCCAAGCCCAGUUCCAGCUGGACAUACUCAAGGCCAUGUACCAAGCCUUUCCCCCAGACACCACUUUGUUAGAUUGUGCCUCCCACGUUGAUUGCUCAUUGCGGAGAAGAAAAAGAGUCUUUCCUGGGCUCCAAUGCCCAGCCUGCCCUUUCGUGUAUGCCAGGUCGGGAGGAGAGCAAGAGAAGGAAUUGGCCACAUGGCUGCAACCUCUGACUCUGCCUGAACUACAGCACUACUUAGGUAUUGUUGGACCUCAGGUGGCUGUGGAAGAGAGCUGGUGGCUCAAUGGGCUUGGCCUCCUGCCUUUGGCCCUUGCAACAGACAUCCCCGUACAGUAUGAAAAAGAUGACACUGACCCUGCAGCACAAAAGUCUACUGAAAAUAGAGACACUGAAUUUCUGUUUGACUCGGAAACUUGGCGGAAGAAGAAAAAGAGAAGGGUUGGCUUUGUGCCUCAGCUUUCCCUCUUAGGUAAUCAGAUGUUGGCUGUUCUAAGAACAGAGAGAUACCUGAAGAAGAUCCACUUCCUUUAUCUCAAUGUGGCUCCCAGCCGGUACUUUAGGCCCUACAACCUGGUGGUGGUGUCACCAAAGAAGGUGAAUCCUGAGCACUACAUCUUCUCUCCAUUCGGGGUCCUGCAUGUCCAUCCUGUGGAGGGCAAUGAGACGAUGACUCUGGGGACCUGGCACCGCCAUUCUGUCCUCUGGCAGCAACUCCAGUUCAUCCCUUUCUUCAAGCAUUGCCUGUUACGCAAGGCUUUCACUUGCUGGAGGAGGAGAGUGAAGUUGCUGACGAUGGAUCGGUGCCGUAUUUUCCUAGAGAAAAAUCUGCUCACGACUGUGCCCCACUUUGGAGUCGGGCUCCUUCAUAUCAACAGGCUUCUGCAGGAGAUGUACUCUGUAUCCUGGCUCCCCAAAGAUCCACAGGGGAGCUAUGAGCUGCUAGAUUUGAAGCAGGCUCUAGUCAACGAGACUCACAAGGCUCUGCAUUUUCUCCAUCGAUGCCUAUACCUCUGCACAUCCAUUCUUCAACUGAUUCACAAGGAUACCUAUAAAAUGCACCAGGGCUUGCAGGAGCGAGUACGAAACAGCAAGAGAAUCAGGAAAGGCCAGGGCUCCGUAUACCUUCAGAGAGUACAAAACCAACAGCUGGAGCAUAAGCUGAAGCAGGCAGAGACCUGGUUGCUGCAUCUGGGGCAACUGGCCCGCCUCGUAGACUACAUGAUUUGUCAGAGCCUUGUGUCUACCAUACAGAAAGAGAUCACCUCUUUUGUGGCCAACAUCCUACAGGCCCCAAGACAGAAUCCCUUUCUUUCAACACGUCUGGUCUUUGAUAGUUCUGAUCAGCUGUCUCAUGAUCCUCGUAUUGAAAACAUAACCAGAAUUCUAAAUGGGGGCCUAGGGUUUCUUAAGUCCUCUGUUCUGAAGAUGCUGCAAUCUGUAAACCUGAGCACUCCCUGGAAUUUUGAAGAAGAAGAUGAAGAGGGAAACACAAACACAGAAUUCCUGAUGCUCAAGUUCCAGAGCCAGCUCAGGGACACUGUGAGUAUAUUCUGUGGACCGGAUGUAGGACUUGUGUUUCCCUGGAAGACUCACACAAGUGCUGAUGUUCUGGAGGUCCGUGGGCACAGGCUUCGUGGCCAGUAUUUGCCUACUAAUUAUAACCAACUGAAAGACGACCUCAACAACAACCCUCAGAUAAAGCAAGCACUGAAUAUACAACAGUCCCUCCUGCAGGACAUGCUGUGUGAGGUGCAGGAAUUUUGCAGGGAACAUCACUGGAUGAUAAGAAUUUAUAAGUUCCUGAAAAACUGGGGGCCUCGGAAACUAGCGUCUAUGAAGGGUUGUCCUAUUAAAAACUAUGUGACCUUGGUGGACCAUCUCAAGUUUUGGCAUAUCCGAAUCUCCAAAAUGCCUUCUCAGAAGAUCACAAAAGGGAAGUUGCUGCUGUUGAAUUGCCAUGAUAUAAAGGCAGAGCUAGAAUCCAAGAUUAAGAGCAUCUGGAAAGACAUUCUUCAACAGGUGCAGAAUGAGUGCAAAACUCGCAGCAAGCAACUCAUGAGAGAACUCACAAGAUACAUGGAGACCUUCCAAAACAUCAGUGACGACAUUUACAACAUUGCACGCUGCUCUCAGAAGCUUAAUGAAGCCAGUGAGCAUUACUCGGAACUGGAGGAGCGAAUGGAAUAUAUACGGUCACUUCACGAACUCAUCCGCAACCACUUUAACUUUUACAAUGCUGAGACCGAGGCACUGGACAUCUUGCUGCUGGAUAUGUGGGAGGCAUUUCAGUUUGAGAAAAGCCAGACCUCAGAGCUCCUGCUCAGCCAUCGCCACGCCAUUGUUCCCAAACUGCAACAGCGGAUGGCCGCAGCAUUGGCAGAGCUGGAAUGCAUAAUCCAGAAGGCCCUCUCUGAUCCCUUCAUGGACCCUCUGCAAGAUCUGAGGGGUACUGAGCAACAGCUCAUCACCAUGGAGCUUCAGUACCAGAACACAGCCAGCCACCUCACUGAACUGCACCAAGCCUAUGUCGCCAUCACCGGGGAUGAGAGUCCUUUGUCCAUGCCGGCUUGUGGGACCCGUCCUAUUGUACAACAGCAACAAAUCUGGCACCUGUAUAGAAUUGUCUGUGAAAACAUCAGUGAUUGGAAAUGCAUGGCUUUCGCCAAGUUUAGCCUGGCUGCGGCCAAGGAUAAAAUAGAAGGCUGGCUAACAGAGGCAGCGCAGAUGAGUACAAAUCAGGGGCUACACAGCCCAGUUCUGCAGUGUUGCAUGCGCUUGCUGGAGAAGUUUAAUAGCUACCUGCCUUUGCUAACCAAGCUGGCAAGCCUUUCUCCACGUAGCCUCAACUACCAAGCCUUCCUUCGAGCCUUAGAUUUGGGUGGUAUCAGCAAUUUAGAACUUCUAACACUGGGCCAACUGCUCUCUCGUCCACUGCUGGAGUUUUCAGAUCGAAUCAAUCAGAUCUGGCUGGCUGAAAAUCAACGAAAGGUGACCAAAGAGACUCUCCAGCAGCUGCAGUACUCCUGGGAUGCACACCAACUUAGAAUACAGAAUUUCAUCCUCCAUGUACCGUAUGAACCCCCAGUUAGUGAGCGCAACAGAAAGCAAAUGGCCCAAAACACCCAAUGGGAACCAGUGGACGUGGAUAGUGGUACCUUCAUCCUUUCAGAUUAUAGCAGCCUGCAGGAUUCAAUCCAGGAGUGUCUUCCGAUAUUGUUCAAGAUCUUGACCACCCAUAAGUCAGGGGACUUACACAUCGCAGCUUUGGAGUGGCUGGCCAACUUGAAAGGGCUGGGCACCCUGUUGGAGGUGUGGGUGAUUUUCCAGCAGAAGUGGAUUUUCCUGAAUAAAGUUCUACAUGAAAUGAAGAUCUCACUUCCUUCUUCUGACCUGAACUCUCGCUUCCAGGCACUGGAUCAUCAGUAUCGGACCCUAAUGCAGAUAUCUAUAGCUGACCCUCAGGUUAUGUCACUUAUAAAGCCCACUGCCCACCGGGACCCGGCCUUCCAAGGCCAACGGCUACAACAGAUGCUGCAAAAAGGCUCAGUGGAGCUAGAGGGCAUCAUCGUGGCUCUGGAGAGUGUACUCUAUGGACUGUGUGCCCAGUUCCCCCGCCUCUUCUUCCUCAGUGACAGUGAAUUAGUGGCCCUGCUCUCUAGCCCACUGGAGUUACCUGAGGUCCAGCAGUGGGUCCAGCGCUGCUUUCCUCAUGUGCGUGUCGUGAGCUUCAGGCCUGUCUUAAGCAAAGAGAAGAGCCAGAUGUUGGAGUCCUCCUUGCAGGUGAACUUAAACACACAGACCCAGGAGGAGGCCUUUGCCGUGGGAGGCGCAGGCGGGGAGGUGAUGCAACUGCAGGAGCCCCUGCUUCUGCAUAGGGACAUCCCCACCUGGCUGGCAUCUCUUGAGAAGGGCCUGCGUUUGACACUCGUGCAUAUGCUCCAGGACUGUGUGGCUUCCCGUCUCGCUCUGAGUCCAUCCCUUAGGGAGGUCUUCCAGCAAGUGUCCCAGAACCAGGUGCACCCGCAACAGUAUGUCCACCAUUGUCUGGAUUUAAUGCAGACUUUUCCGUGGCAGUGUGUGCAGGUGGCAGAGGAUGUGUUAUGGUGGGCAGAGAUGGAGGAGGAUCUGCUUAAGGGGAGGACACAGGAUAUGGUCCCCUGGAAUGUGCAGAAGCUUGAGUUACUGAUAUAUUUUUUGCGGACCCAGAGGGCUUCCCAAGGGAGGCAAUCCAAUCUCUCUAACCGCCAAAUCAGCCUACUCAGUGCCCUGUUGGUCACGGCUGUUAGCCAUCGGGACAUAGCACAGUUGCUCCAGCAGCACCAUGUCAGCAAUGUAAAGGACUUCCACUGGGCCCGCCAACUCAAGUACCGCCUAGGUUACCCUCAGACCACCCCUCCGAGUCCACUGCAGAGUCUCAAGACUGUUGCAUCUACAAAGGCCUCUCUGUCGCCACCUGUGUGCUGGAUAGAGGUGCUGGGCCGGGCUUUCCUGUACAAUUACGAGUACCUGGGUCCCAGGCUGGAGUCUCUACCCAGGCUGCUGCCUGAGCAGCCUGCCCUGGUCCUGUUACUGGCCCUGGAAGAGGCGGCCUGUGGGACUCUGUUGGGCCCAAGCGGCAUUGGCAAGACAAGCAUUGUAAAGAACCUUGCACAGGCCUUGGGCCGCCUCCUGGUGGUAAUACCCUGCUUGCCUCAGAUGGAGGCGCAGAGCCUGAGCAAGUACCUGAAUGGCGCCCUGCAGAGUGGUGCGUGGCUCCUGUUGAAAGCAGCUCAGCGGCUGCCCCUUGGCUUACUCUCUGCUCUGGGCCAGCGCCUUAGUCAACUGUGCCACCUCUAUACUCCACUGUCCCAAAAGAUCUCCCAAAACCCCAGUAUCAUCGACCCCACCUGCUCCCAGGUCCUUGGCCGUGGCAUCUUUGAGAAACAUGACGUGUCCAUUCGCCUGGGCUAUGGCUGCUUCAUGACCCUGUGUACCCACAGCACCACUGUGCCGGCCAACCUGCACCAUCUGCUCCGGCCCAUGUCCCUAAAGCUGCCUGACCUGCACUGGGUGAUAGAGAUGACUCUGCUGGGAGCAGGGAUACGCGAUGCCUCCCGCAUGGCCACCCGCCUGUCCAAAUUCUUCUCCAUGGAAUGUGAACUGAUUUCAGGGCCCCUGCCCUGCCGCCUACCCCUUCUCAGACGGGUGCUAGAAAACAUGAUGCAAUCCCUGUCUAGGACCAUGGAGGACCCUGCACCCCAGCAUUUUCAGAGCAUAGCUGCCAUUGAGGAGGCUGCCCUGCUGCAUGCCCUCGUAGACUCACCCCUAUUCAAUGCUGUCGAUGGGGCCCGCCUGCACAAACUCCGGGAACUGCUCUGUGGGCUCUUCCCAGGCGCUAGCAAUGUGCUGGCAAAGCCUCUGACCUGCAAACUGAAGAAACCAGUGCUGGUGGAGAAACUGCGGCAAAUAGGCCUGUACCCAAGCCCUGAAAUCUUGGGGUCCCUGGAGCAGCUGAGCCAGGCACUGGACCAGACUGCAGGCAUUUUGCUCCUGGGCCCGGCGGGCAGUGGCAAAACCACUUGUUGGCACAGCUUAUUUAAGAUCCAGAACCAGCUGGCCAUGGAGAGCAGCUCCAGCAAGGAAUGCCAGUCUGUGGAAAUUACUCAUCUGUAUCCCAGUGCCCUCAGUUCCCAGGAGUUCCUGGGAUGGCUGGAGGGGUCCUACUGGCACCGUGGAAUCUUCCCUAAGCUGUUUCAUGAGACCCUAUUCAUAAAGCAAAAGGCAUGGAAAUCCAUAGGCAUCCAGCACUGGAUUAUAUGUGACGGGGUCGCCAGUGCUGCUUGGCUAGACAGCGUCACUUGCCUCCUAAGUGACCCCUUUCAGCUAAGCCUGCCCAGCGGUCAGCAGAUAGCACGGUCCCAGGACACUUUUCUCUUGCUGGAGUUGGGAGACACCACAGGCAUGGCGCCCACGGUAGUGGGCCGUUGUACCCUGGUGUGGUGCGGUGGGAAGCAGACCUACCAGAGUAUGCUUAGCGCCCUGAUGGCCUCCCUGACCCAGGACUACCAUCUGCAGCAGCACACAGUCACUGAGCUCAAUCACUUGGCCGAAGUGCUGGUGCCAGCGACGUUUCGAUUCCUCACCCUCCAUGGUGCCAGUUCUCUCCUGCAAGUGCACGGGCAGCAGGCUCUUUGCUCAGGGGUGGCUGAAGUCACCAGUCUGGCCCGCAUCUUUCGUUGUCUGCUUAAUUCCAUAGACAAGAAGGCCCAAAACACAGGGGUGCCGAUUCUGAUUGUGUGGACUUUUGCAGAGAACUUUGGCCGUUAUGAUACUCUGACCCAAAUCUUCAAGGGCUCAAAGAACAACGUUCUGAACCAGGCCCAGCUUGGCACCAGUGAUACAUCUAAUAAGAACAGAGAACACCUACUGGCUGUCAACAGCUUUAUUUUUGCCUUGGUCUGGGGCUUUGGAGCCCAUCUUCCUUCCAGGUUCUGGUUGUCCUUUGAUACGUUCCUGAGGGAGGCUAUUAGCUGUCUCCCCAACUACCCUGAGCUACCGCCCUCAAUCUUGAUGUUUGAUCUAUAUGUAUGUCCUCAAACUGGGAAACUGGUCCCCUUCACUGGACAAUACCUGAGCAGCCACAUCAAGGGAUCUUUGGGAAACUUCAAACCAUCUUCCGAGGCUGAACGGCUCUUGUAUAUGGUGGACCUGCUUCUGUCAGAAGGAUACCCAGUGCUUCUGGCUGGGGAGGCAGCAGCAGGGAAAUCAGCAUUUGUGGAGGUGCUCGUGGAGCCACAUCACCCUUUCACAAGCAGCCCUAUCCAUCCCGCCUUCACCACCACCCACUUUCGCCUUCUGCUGAGUCAAGUGGCCCAGGGCCAAACGCAGACCAACCCAAGGAGGUACCUGAAUUCUAAAGGCUCCUUCCUUUUCCUAUUAGAGGAUCUGCACCUGGCAGCAUCUGACCCAGAGAGGAGCUGCCAGCCAGUUUUGGAGACUUUGCGCCAGGCCAUGGACGGCACCAUGUAUGCCCAUGACACCUUAGAGCUGCAGACACUGCCGCCUUCAGUCAACUUCCUUGCCACGGCCACAGUGCCAGGCUUCUGUGAGCGCUCAGUGUGCCCCCGCCUCUUUCGGCUCUUCACAGUGCUGGCCCUGAGCAGCGUGACUGUGUCAGUGCUUCAGAGGAGGCAUGGGCCCACCCUCCAUGCCUGGCUAGAGCGUUUCCCCUCUGUGGAGCGGGAGGGCAGUCUUGCGAGAGCCAUGGUGCAGGCCUCGCUGGAGGCCUGGGAGGCCGUGAGCGGCUGCUUUAUGCCUUCACCCCUCCACCCACACUACCGCUUCUCCCUACACUCUGUGGGCCAGAUACUGGACAGCAUACAGGCCCUGCCCAUCCGAACUGGCAUUCGAGGGUUUAUGGACUAUUCUAGUCACCAGGACCACUUGAAGUUGGUGUUGGGCCUCCAUGGCACCCGCCUGACUGUGAUGAUGACGACGUGCAGCAUGGUGCGUCUCUGGCUGCACGAGGCACAGAGAACCUUUUGUGACCGACUAGACAGCCAUAGGGAACGCUCUUACUGUGCCAAGCUGCUCCUGGCAGUAGCCCAGAAGGUCUUCUGCUGUGCACCAAUAUCCCAGGACCUGGGCAAGGGCUUUGAUGAGGGAGAGGAGGAGGAGGGAGAGGAAGAUAAAGAAAGAGUGCCUGAAGUGGAGUCUGAAGGGGAGUUGGCCCAGUGGGAGGAUUUAAGCAGCAGUGGUAGUGAGAAGGAGGAGGAAGAGAAGGAGGGUGCCUACGGCCUGCAGGUCUCCAUGGCUUUGCCCCCAUCUGUGCCUCCCUCCAUAGGGCCAGUCAAGAAGGGGGACACAGAGAACCUAAGUCAGAAAGUCAGCCAGGAGGAAGGCAAAAGACCCUCCACCAACAAAUUAAAGAUGAAGAGAUCUAAGAUUUGGUGGCAGAAGGCACGCCAGACGGAUCUGACCUCACCCCUAUUGCUGCCAGUACUGUUACUUCGUCCCCAGGAAAACCCCUCAGACUUGGUCUUCUGUCGAGAACUGAUAAUGGGGUCCAGCCAAGAGAGUGUCAAAUUGUACCUAGAACGGCAGUGGGAGAGGCUGAGAGAGCAGCUCGCUUCUACAGCUGCUAAACUAAAGCUGAACCCCAGCCUUGCUCAGUGCCACACCAUGGUCCAGCAUGUAGCCCGCCUCGUUCGCGUGCUGGCCAGGCCUGGCCAGCAUGGCCUACUGCUUGCAGGGGCUUUGGGUACAGGGCGCCGUACUGCCGUCACGCUGGCAGCUGGCAUCUGUCAGGCUCGUCUUUUCCAUCUGCCAGCAGGGUCCAAGGAGGCCACUCUCCAAUGUCUGCAGGAUGCCAGUUGGCACGCCGGCGUAUUUGGCCGGCCAGUGGCCCUGCUGGUAUCCAGGGGUGUGGAUCUUCACACCCUUCAUUGCCUGCUGGCCCUGGCAAAUUCGGGCAGCUUCCCUGCCCAGUAUUCAGAGGCAGAUCUGGACAGAAUUGAGGAGCAUAUGUUCAGGGAAAACAUCAAGCAGAACAUCCGGAAAGAAAUGCUACUGCAGAGGUUCUAUCAGCAAGUGUGCAGCCACCUGCACAUGUUCUUCCUGAUUGAAGAUGAGCAGGCCCAGAAGCACCUGCCUUGCACCCUCUUCCUGAGACUCCUCAAACUGGCCAUCGCCAGCAUUGACCACUAUGAGCCGUGGGACCAAGCUUCUCUGGUCAGUGUGGCCCAACACUAUCUGAAGGCUGUUCAGAGUCCACCCGGUGAUAGUGAUCCUGUGAAGUUUCCAGACUUUGAGGCCUCAGUUAUGAGAAUGGCCAGAGUUAUGGCUCUUAUCCAUCUUUCGGCUGGUACCUACCAAGGAGUCCUGUGCCCGGAAUUGCCACUUGUCACCCCCAAGACCUUUCUAGACUUCCUGGAUACCUUCAUGCUAGUACAGAAAGAGAUGAGCCAGCAGAUGAGGAAGAAGGCCCAGCAGAUCCAGGAUGCCCUAGAAAAUCUGGAAAUUCUACUAAAGCAGCACCAUACCUAUACCAACUUGAUUUGCGACUUGGAACAGCAGUUGAAAGACUUUCGUAAGGAUGCCGUCUUACUAAGGCAGAUGCUAGAUCAGAACAAGCUUCAGCACUCGCAGCAGCUGUCAGUGUGUCAACAGCAAGAGAACCUCAUUGAGAACUUGACCAAGCAACGAGAUGCCCUGCGGGCUCAAUAUGAGGCUUUUCUGGAGCAGAUGAGCACAGCAUUCCUGAGACCCCUCAACCAGCUUCAGAUGACUGACUUUGAGGAGAUAAGGAGCUACCGAGCUCCGCCAGAAUCUGUGGUCCGGGUGACUGAUGCAAUGUGUAACCUGUUCCAUCAUGAAACGGGCUGGCCAAGUGCCAAGCAGCUGUUAUGUUCUGAGGACUUUUAUCAGGAGUUGGUAUACUUCCCCAAGGAUAAGAUAACAGACUCAGAGCUGACUGAAUUAAGCCGAGCUUUGCAGGGGCCAGGUAUGAGUGAGGAAGCUUUGCGGGAAGCGAGCCUGCCUGUGGCAAACUUGGCAGCGUGGCUCUGGGCCAUUGUGCACUACAAGCUGGCACAGCACCGUGGACAGCCCACGGGCCAGCUGCUGGAGCAGGUGGAAGCCACACUGGCUCAGGAGCAGGCCCGCUUGGGCCACUACCAGUUACAGGCCCAGAAGUUGCUCGAGAAAACGAAUACCCUGCUAAGGAACAUAGAGGAGACCCAGAAGUCCUACAGCCAUAUCUUAGAAGAUCUGCAGUGGGCUCAGUGUGGCCAAUAUCACAAGUGGCCUGUUAAAGCUGCACUGCUGACUCCCAAAGUCUCCUGGACUUCAGAGCUCCAGAAGGUGAAGAAGCACUGCCAGACUAUAUUUGGAGAUGCCCUCCUGUGUUCAGCAGCCAUCAUCUACCUGGGUCCCUUCCCACCACUGCGGCGGCAGGAGAUCCUGGACAAGUGGCUGGCUCUGUGUCAGGGCUAUCAGGAGACCCUGGGCCCAGAUGAUGUAGCACAGGCAAUCAAGCCAAAGCAGGAUGUGAGCAUGCCACCAAAGGUGCUCCUGUCAACACGCUGUCCCUUCAACCUUCUGUCCUUGAUGAGCUCUGAAUCAGAACAGUUCCAGUGGGACAGAGACCUGAAGCCCCAGGCCAAGUCAGCUCGUGUGGCAGGCCUGCUCGUGCGAAGUCACUCUCACUACCACAGUUGCCGGUGGCCUCUGCUGCUUGACCCCAGUCACCAGGCCCUCAUCUGGCUGAAACCACUGCCUCUGGAAGGGAUGACAACCCUGGACUCUUCUUCUGGUGAGCUCAGAGGAAAAUCCAGAGAGAAACACAAGGAGGAAGAGGAAGAAGAAGAGUAUUAUAGUGAAGACAGUGAUUUUAACCUUUUGGGCAUAAUAAGAAGGUCAAGGUCAGAGAAAAGAGAGGAAGUACAGGAGAAAAAGGAAGAGGAGGAGCAGGAGACAGAGCCAGAGAGUCCUAAGUCAAAGCCAGCCCCCGAGACACAGCCUCUGCCCACUCCCUACCUCAAGGUGCUCUCUGGGGCUGACCCACAGCUGGGUGCUGCCCUCUGCGAGGCAGCCGCCAAUGGCCAGCAGGUGCUACUGAUCAACAUGGAGCUGGGCCUAGAGUGCCAGGAACUGCAAUGGCUGCUGGAGCGGGAGAGGCUGAGCCCGCCCCAAGUGCAGCCUGGCUUUUGCCUCUACCUGAGCACGACCCUCCCGCUCAGUGCCUUAGGAAAAGUGCUAGGCUGUGAACGGCUGAAGGGGCUGAAUGUGUUGGAUCUGGGCUCGAACCUGGAAAUCCUAGAAGAACAGAUGCUGCACGAGCUCAUGUGCACACAGUAUCCUGAGAUGGAGGCCCGCUGGCAGGAAAUAAAGAUCAGAAUCCUGGAGAGCCGCAAAGCUGUGGAAACUGCCGAGGAACAGCUGCUGCAGAUGAUGUUUCUCCAUAACACAAAGUAUCAGAAACCCUCCAAGUUCCUGCGGCACAUAGUGAGGGCCCAGGCCCGACUGAUUCAGCUGCGGGCUGACUGUGAGGAACUAGAAGAGCUGAGGCUGCAGGAGAUGGUACUGUGGGCACCCUACCGGCAUACAAUCUGGCAAGUCCUCACCAUCAUCAAGGCCCUGAAUCCACUGCAGAACCUGCUUCCCCCUUUCCGGAUGAGCACAGAGAGAUGGCUGGCGAUCAUCAAGCAGGCUCUGAUCAGCAGUAAGAAGUACGAGUUUCUCCCAGGAGGGGACCUGUCCAGCCACUUGCUGCAGCUGAGAAUCCAUCUGGUCCGCCAAUUGCUAGGCACCACUGUGGGAGUAGUGGGCCUGACCCGGCUACCCUUGGUGGGUGCCUUGGGUGCCUUGGCUCUGCUGCAAGCCACAAAGAAGUCGCCAGAGCCAGAGAUGGUGGCACUUUGGCCUGGCCUGUCAGCGUCUCCCAGCAUAAGUUAUUGCAAAUUAGGUAUAACCCGACCAGCCUGGCUUGGACUUAGAGCCUGGCAGGAAUGUGGCCUGUUAGAGGUGCUCCCCCCAUUUUCUGGGCUGUGUGAGUCCUUGGCACACCACCCUGAGGUCUGGCAGGCCUACCUGUCAUUGUCAUCCACCGUGCUGGGGCCUGCGCCUAUCCCGCUUAGUCUCCUUCAGAAGCUGAUCCUGUGGCGAGUGCUGCGGCCGGAGUUCCUGGUGGGCACCCUGGCCGACUUCACCACCAGUCUCCUGGGCCGACCUCUGGAUGAAAACCUGAAGGUCGACCCUAUCCCCUUCGAAAACAGUCAUGCUACGCAGCCCAUACUGAUCUUGCUGCCACCACCUGGUCACCCCGAGGCCACCCUGCAUCCCCUGACUGUCAUCCAGAGCCUGGCUGCCACACAUAUGAAGGGGCAUGUGGAGGUGAUAGCCCUGGGCUCGGAAGCCUGGGACCCCAUCUCGGUCGUGGUCAGCACGCUGCACCAGGCUAUGAAGGAAGGGCACUGGCUAGUGCUGGAGAACUGCCACUUGAUGCAGCACUGGCCAAAUGAGCUGCUCCGACCCUUGCUGGAGCUGCUGGAUGCAGUCAAGGACGCCUCAGAUCCGGACUUACAACUGCUUUUAGCUGAACCUGCAAGCAGGAAGGUGGCCACUGUCCACCAAGAUUUCCGUCUCUGGCUUAUUAUGUCUGCAGACUCUCUCUCUUCUUUACCAGCUGUGCUGACUCAUCACUGCAUGCCUGUUUUCUGGAACCAAUCCUUGGAGCUGCACCAUGUCUUGAUUGACAGCAUGGUGCUUGCCCAGCAAGGACGCUAUGUACAACCCCCUGCAAGGAUGCUGCCCCUUCUGCUCCUGCACAGCCUCCUGUCACACAGGCAGCUCUACGGAAGGAAGCUGCAGGCGCACAGGGGGGGCUGGACUCAAAUGACCCUGACUCGACUCCUUCAGAUCCAGGACCAGCUAUGGGCCAACCUUAGCAAUCCCUAUGUUGCUCUGCAGGAGCUGGUUGCUUUGGUUUUCUAUGGGAGCCGUGUGGAAGACGAAAAGGACACAGAGGCCCUACUUAGCCUCACUCAGACCUUCCUGGACCCCAAGAGAGGGAGUGGGGCCCCACUCCACACGCCACAGCAUUUGCUGACUGCUCUGAUGUUUAGCUCAGAACUGAGGAACCCCGAGGCUCUGGAACAGUGCAAAGCCCAGGUGCAUUUGCUGUUCUCAACACCCGAACCCCAGAUCUGUGGAGUGAGUAGUGGCACCCGCGCUUGGCUGCUGAGGUGCCAGAGUCGCGUGCUCCUGAGAGAUCUCCGGUGGAGCUCAGUUCCUUGGGUUCCUGCAUCUCAAGCAGGCUCCCAGCGUGCAGAAAGACGGCUGCGGCAACGGCUGGUACAGGCCCAGCGGAGGCUGGAGUUGCUGCAGGCUCUGCUCUCUACGAGCCCUGUCCGAGAGGAGGCGAACCCUGUGCAGAGGGUGCCAGGGAGCCCACUGCAGCCUCUGGACAACUUCCUGGAAACAGAGGUGCAGGAGCUGAGGCAGCUGGUGGGCCACCUACUACAGGAUCUUCACUGCUUGUUGCAGCAGCUGACGGAAGCACACCCCUGCGCUUCCCCGCGCUGUGUUGCGGUGGCCCAGGCUCUCUGGAAAGGCCAGUUCCCCCAGCCUUGGCGGCCCCAUGCCCCUGCCGGCCUGCAGCCACCCUGGCACUGGCUGCGACAGCUGUCACGCCAAGGGCAGCUGUUGAUCCGCUACAUGGAGGGAGGCUCUGAGGUUCCCGUGCGCACCUUUCACCUCUCAGCCUUUAGCCACCCUCGUCGCCUGUUGCUGUCACUGAGCUCUGAGGCCCUCUCUCCUGCUGCGACCUCCAAGAGCCAUUAUGUGUCCAACCCUGGCGAUUCUAACCUCCCAAAUUCCACUCCCAAACAGCAGCUCUUGAGACAUCAGAGCCUGAACAGCAACGCUCUGCACUUCCAGGUGGUGAAAGACCCGAAUGCCCCGGCUCCAGAGAAAGGGGUGUUGUUGGUUGGGCUGCAGCUCCAGAAUGCAGAAUGGGACCCACAAGCUGGGGCCUUGCAGCACAGCACUUCCUGCCAGCCCUGCCCUCUACCUCCAGUCAGAGUCAGCCCCCACAAUGGUAAUGCCAGUGACCAGGCGCCCAAAAUGGGUCUGCCUGUGUACUCUUGUCCUGUGUACUUGGAAGGGUUCCUCGGUGUCACGAACCUGCAUAGCCGGAACAUCCUGAUGCACCUGCCAUUGCCCACCAAGCUCUGUCCUGCCACCUGUGCCCAGUGGAGAGUCCAUGUGUGCAGCCCACCCCUGCUCUGA